GCUAUUGGUCCAAGUGAUGUGAAUGAUUGUGAUGUAGAAGCAGAAGGAGAGCAUCAUGCAGCAUCUCUGACUCGGCACUGCUUAUAUUCGGUCUUCUUUUCCUGCCUGACUCCAGUUACAGAUGCAAGGACGCAGGUAAAACAUCCCCAAGGGCAAGAGAGAUACAUAAAGAAAAGAAUGCAUGGAGAUUUGUUCAUCAUGAGAGCGAAAGGAGAAAUCUGGAGCUCACUCCGAGCAGCUCCAAUGGAGGACGCUGAAAUAUGAGCAGAUGUCAACACAAUCCCACGCUGCACGGCUCACAGGAUGGACUCAAACGGUGAUGGCAAUGACGAGUGGACGGAGGAGCAGUGGGAGAAAUGGUUGACUCAUGACAUCGGAUUGGACGAAUUUGAGGAUGAAGAUCUGUCUGAAAUCACAGAAAUCACAGAUGAAUACGCAUUCAAGGCCAGACGCAAUGACUCUGACAUCAAGGAUCACGUGCGUCAGGCACCCAGUGCUGCUUUGGGGAGGAUAGAGGCGGGUGCAGAGGGUCAGAUCCAGCCAGAGACCCAGCCUCUACAUCUGACUGAUGCUGCCGACAGGAGUCAAACACUGGCCUGCAGACACGACAGCAAAGCAUCCAUGGAUUCUGCCGUUCCUGUCAGUAUGGAGGCCUACCGUCCAAAAAGACCCACCACGCUCAACUUAUUCCCACAGGUGCCCCGGACGCAGGACACUUUAAACAACAACUCAUUUUCCAAGAAGUUCAGCUGGCAGCAGAAGAUCUCUCAGACCCUGCCGCCCCGUAAAGGAGCUGACCUGACGCCACCCUGCGAACACACGUGUCUGAGCGACGAAGAAAAGCACCAACCGAGUCGAGCUCAGAUGAAAGACUGCGGCACAUCGACAACAGACAAACCGAACAUCUGCCCGUCCAAACACACUCCAGCUCCAGCUGCAGCGGUAUAUAAACCCAGAGAAGCAGCCCACUGUGAGCGCAUACGCUACCACACAGACGUCCGGCUGGAGCCCACAGAAGAGAUCUAUCUGACGCCCAUACAGCGCUGCACUGAGCCUCCGGAGACCCAGAAAACAAAGGUGAUGGUGAGCUCUGACAGUGAAGCUCCUCCGCCGUACAGUGAGCAGGACCUGCAGCCGCCCUCAUAUUUCUCCUGCGUGGAGGCUCUGGCUGUGGACAGCAGCGGAGAUGAGGAACCCACAGUGGAUGAUCUGUGCUAUAGAGACUGUGGCGCUGGAGAAGCUCAUGCGCAUCACGAGAACCUGCCCAAAAUAAUACACACCUCAAUGAGCAACUCUGAUGCUAGCGGACUUUCCUACGACUCCGUCAAAUACACACUGGUUGUGGAUGAACAUGAUCAGCUGGAGCUGGUCAGUCUGAAAGAGUGUUACCGUGGUUACAGUGACGACAGCGAAUCGCCUACGGUUUACGAUAACUGCGUUUCUUCUCCGUAUGAGUCGGGUCUCGAUAAAGAGUAUGAGGAGGAGAAUGACGGAGAAAAACUAAGCAGGAUUAAAGCUUCAUUUGAGGACUCCACCCCUGAGGCCGACAUCCCGUUCUCUCGGAAAUUCGUCAACGUUUUUAUGAACGGCUGUUCACGAUCUUCUAGCACAGAGUCGUUUGGCUUGUUUUCCUGCUUAAUUAACGGAGAAGAGAGAGAGCAGACGCACAGAGCCGUCUACAGGUUUAUACCUCGCCAUGAUGAUGAGCUGGAGCUGGAGCUCAAUGAUCCUCUGCUGGUGGAGCUUCAGGAUGAGGAUUACUGGUAUGAGGGCUACAACAUGAGGACUGGAGCUCGCGGGAUCUUUCCUGCUUAUUACGCCACGGAGGUCUUCAGGGAGCAGGAGCUGGCUUCAGAUGAAGUGAAAAGCUCUGAAUGGGUGGAGAAAUACACAAUGAAGUUCCUCGGCUCGGUUCAGGUGAUGAAUCACAAAGGCAAUGACGUUCUGUGUGCAGCUAUGCAAAAGAUUGCGAUGAACAGGAGACUGACUGUACAUUACAAUCCUCCGUCAUCCUGCAUCCUGGAGAUCACAGUGAAGGGAUUAAAACUCACCGUACAGGACGAUUUCGACAUGAGCAGUCAAUACAGUCACUUUUUCCACUUGAAGAACGUCUCAUUCUGCGGCUACCAUCCCAGAAACAAGAAGUAUUUCGGCUUCAUUACAAAACAUCCAGCGGAUGAGAGAUUCGCCUGCCACGUCUUUGUGUCUGAAAACUCCACUAAACCCCUCGCCGAGUCUGUGCGGAAAGCGUUUCACUUGUACUAUAAGGAGUUUGUGGAGGUCUCGUGUCCAACAGAAGACAUUUACCUGGAAUGAUCUCUGCGCAGCAGCAGUGUACAUAUCAAUAACUACGCUACAUGAAUAUAUAUGAGAAACAAUAUCUGUAUAUACUAUAAUCAAAGACUAAUAUAUCUGACAACACGGACCAAACGAGAUGAAGAAGACUGUAAUUUAGAGAUUAAUGCACAAGAGAAAUGAAGACGUGUACAGUAUAAAGCUAUUUUCCUGGA